AAGCAUUUGAAGAUUAAUUUACAAAUAAGGUUAGCAUAUAGUGUCCAAAAGAGCAGCUCUAAUGUCAUUUUUAGACUGUCUGCAGCACAUGUAGCAGAGCAGCUCUUUUUGUUUGUGAAGUUGUCUGACAGGGUUGAAAGCAGAUUUUUUUUUUUUCAGGGGGUCCGUUGAGUUUUGUGAAUGUUUAAUUUGAAGGUUGUUUAGGGAGUUUGAUAGCCAAGUCAAUCCUCUUGCUAAGUGUAGAAUACUUAUUAAUUUCUGCAACCAAAAGCUUCUUUAGUUCCCAAUAGCGAAUUAGCAUUCAGGCACCAGUUGUUGUUGUUGUUGUUGGGUUUUUUUCUUUUCUUUAAACACUAAUAAAGCAAUCAAUGUAUUUCUUCUUCUAGAUGUCCCAAUCAGUUUUAAACAAUUAAAAAUGUUUGCGAGAUUGAGUGAAUUUAAAAUUCAGAAGCAGUUUACAUGAAUUCUAGAUGAAAAGAUGAAAAACAAAGUGCUGGUGAAGUUUCAAAGGGUUGGUGAAAUUAGGCUAGUUGUUAGCCUCCCGCCCCAAGGCUGGCUUCAGACCAACUACGGUAAGCUGAUAUAAAAAGAGCAGCGCUGGCAAAGUAUUUGGGAGGUUUUAUGACUUUGUAGGGCUCUCGUUGACAUAUCAAACCUGUAGGUGCCCAGUCAGCAGACACAAAUUAAUUUAAGGUAUAAGGUGACAUCAUCCACAAAACAAGGUUAGUAAUGAGUAUUUUGUGGGAUUGUUCUAAAUUAUUCCCUACCAAAAUCUCAGCAAUGUCUGAAUAUAUCGGUACUGUACAAAACGUAGCUUAAAGGUGUCUUGUAUAUGAAUAGUGCUAUUUAAAAAGACAGAAAGCUGUACAGAAGAAUAAGGAUAAUAACCAAACAACUUUUUACAGCUCAUGCCAAUUCAAAAACAUCAAGGGAGGUGUUACUGCAGCAUUUCAACACUGACAGCGCUCUCUAUGCAGUAGAAGCUUGGACCCGGAAAAAGGCUCGAUACGUCAUCAGUAACAAAGCGCACAGAUUGGGCUCUUUGUUGUGUUUCGAAAGCCAUUCCUGUGCAGUUUUAUCCCGGGAUGAUUUAGCCAUAUUGGAAUUUUUUUCACUCACGUGGAUUAUCAGGGGCAUCAGUCUCCAAAUUCCAAACCGGGCCGAGCUUUGUCGUAAACAUUUCCCAUAGUCAUUUUCUUCAUUUCAUUCAGGAAGCACAUCACUAAAGUUGGUGAUCAUCUUCGCAACAGGAAUAAGCAAACUCACAAGUACAAUGAAAAAGCCUGAUCUUAACAAGCUGCUGUGCAAAAUAAUUUGUCAUAGAUUCUUAAUAUACAAGGGAAACUAUUGUUUUCAAACCAGUUUAAACUGGCAUGAACGGAUGUUGAUGCUCCCCUCACGUUGCUUUUACAGUAGAGCAGUAUUGAGACAGCAUGUUGUGUCAUAUGGGAGGGAUGGUAGUGACAUGUGAACCUCGAUACUUUUUUUUUUUUCUUCUUCUUCUUCUUUGUGCUGCUCUUUAUCUUGCUAGACAUCACUGUGGAGGAAAUGAGCCAUGUAUAGGCAAGGGUGGGUGAGGGACUGUAGAUCAGAGCUGAUAAGGCUGCUAACCCACUGUAACUGAAGAUGUUUAGUUUGUUUGAUGCUGCACUUUGAAUGCUCCCUACACCCUCAAGUCCAUAAAUGACCCUUUCACAGAGUUCUGAGGAAGCUUAGGAGGUGUUGGUGAGAGAAGCAGAAGUAGCGAGUGAAGUAAGGAAACGAGGGGAGGAAGUGGUCGCAUUUCAUCUCAGCUCUCGUGUCCCUUUCUGUGCCAGUUGGUCAGGGAUGGUGAUACCAGUAACCUCUCUGCCCUGUGGUGAAAAGAACCUCCUCGCCUUGCCCCAAAUCUCCUGCAAGUCAGAAAGACGCUCAGACAGUCCCCCAGUCAGUCACUUCGUCAACCAGCCUGCUAGCAUCCAGCAACCUAUUACCUCAUGCCAUGACUGCUCUGUCUGACCUGUGUUUAGGAACUCACUAAUUCAUGCCCCGGAGUGUGAGUGGAGUGGAGAUGAGAAAAAGGCAGGCGGCUCAUAUUGAGGCCCCACCCCAGGCCCCUGGACAGCCCCGACCCAACACCUGCUGCCUCUGCUGGUGUGGCUGCUGCAAGUGUCUCUGGAAUGAAGACAGAAUGGAGAGGAGUGAACGGCAGACCUGCACCAAGAUGGACAGUAUUGAAGCUACUGAAGAACAACGCCCUAGCCUAGAGGAGGUGUUGUCGUGGGCACGGAGCUUUGAGAUGAUGCUGCGCUCGCUGGAGGGCCGGGAGGUUUUCAGGCAGUUCCUGCGUUCUGAGUACAGCGAGGACAACCUGCUUUUCUGGUUGGCCUGUGAAGAGCUGAAAAAGGAGACGGAUCCCACAGCGGUUGAUGAGAAGGCCAGGAUCAUAUAUGAAGAUUAUGUGUCCAUAUUAUCACCCAAAGAGGUGAGUCUGGACUCACGGGUCAGAGAAGGAAUAAACCAGAGCCUGGCGGAGCCGAGCAACCUGAUGUACGAGGAGGCCCAACUCCAGAUCUACACCCUGAUGCACCGGGACUCCUUCCCCCGUUUCCUCAACUCCUCUGUUUACAGAGACCUCCUGGCCAGCAGGAGGCGCACCUGCCUCGACACCUAGUCUCCUCCAGCCUCCAUCAUCGCCAUCAAAUGCCAACAAGACUACUACUUAAACUUCAAAUACUACUAUGGUGCCAGAAGUCGGGUUUGGAAAAACCUCUCCCUCUUUUUUGGUUGAAAUGGCCGAGUGACAUCCAAGAUAGCUGGUUGUUAGUUUUUUUUAUUUAUAUUUUUUAAGCAAUUUAUAUCCAGUUCUCCGCUGGAGGUGGGUCAGCCUUUGCUGGUGGUUAUUGGUCAGUUUUAGACCAUUAAUGCUGGCCAGUGAUUGUUUUGCUAGCAAUUUGUGCUUUUCAUUAUGGUUGACUGGCCAACCCACGUAUCAGCUAUCAGUUGAGAUGGCCAACCUAGUGACCCGCUGUUGGUUAACUGUGGACAAAGACUCCUUAGGAGGUGGGAACAGAGUGCGAGAGAGAGAGACAAAAAGGACAAGCCCACUGUUCCUGUACUGUAAUAUUUUAGACCUCAUGCUUUUUACCCUUACUUAGUGAUAUUCUCUGUCUUUACUCAUUAUUUUUAACAACUUUUUAGUUUUUUCAAGUCUGUCCCAUUCCUCAGAUGUCUUUCAUUUAAUUUUGCUCUUCAUUCCUUCACUGUCCAAACAUGACAUCUAUCUGUCGGUGGGAUUUAGGGCAUUUCUUGCCCUUUUAACCAGUAGACACACUGGCUCUGCAUGCAACUCUCUAUCACUAUGAUCGCUUGAUGAUAUAAGCCGCGGACUGCAACUGUUUUUGAAUAUUAAGAGGUAUUUAAGGGGGGCGGGGAGGACUGUAUCUCUGUUUGGCUGUCUGUGUCCAGUGAUGGGAAAAAGUAAACUUCUGACAUCUUUAGGCUUACUGCAGUAUUUUUAUUGAGGAGAUUUGAAGGUGUCUGCAGCACCUACCAUUUAUCCACCUGUCCAUCCAAUCCAUCCGUCCAUCCAAGCACUUUCCUUCUUUAGGAUUCGUUAACUGGGAGAAGUAAGGGCUAGAAUUGUGGUUGGGCAGCUACAUCUAUUAUUAUUACUCAUGAACUUUAGACAAAAAAAUCUCUCCACUGAGAAAAUCACAAUGCCUUUACAUGCAGGAAAAGGCAGCACAAGUGCUGCUGCAGGUUUUCUGGAAAGCAACCACAGUUUGUCCACCAAUCCCUACCUCCCUUUUUUUUUUAACCCUCGUUUCCCUCCCUCCUCCUCCUCCCUCCAGUUCAGACCAUCAAGGCCUGACAAGCACAGGUGCCCAGUCUAGGGGAAAAAACACAGCUGGAGAAAAACAAACAGACGAAAAAAUACAUUGAAUCCAAAUAAAUAAUCAUCUACAUUUUUUUUAAUUCUUGAGCAGAAAAAGAGGGCUUACCUUGUAGUGUUUUACAGUGAAUUUUUGAGCAUUAUAGAAAGCCGCUUCUGCUUUAAGAACAGUAGCAGAAAUUGCAGGCGCGGGUGUAAUGUAAAAGGUUAUCAAACCCUGGCUUUUGUCUGUAAGGCUUUAGCUUUAGUUGUGGCUAAAAACCGGAGAUUGGAUGCCUGUUAUAAGCAGUUACGCCGAACCAGGUCCCAAACACGAUGUCAGAGAUGCCGUGAUGACGUCAGUACUGGUCGCUAGGCUGUGGAGCCUUGGUCCUUCUGCCGUGUGGUGGUCCUUCAGUUAGCUACUGCCUGUUCAAGACGCUUGUUUCUUCAUACCAGAGCUAGUGAAGAGGGUUGGUAAUAACAACGCUUGCACACGGGGCUAGUAAAAGAAGCUUGCAUAGUCAUGCUACACACUCGCCUUUUCAACUAGCCGUCUAGGUUUCAGCAUGCUGUAGUCAAGCAGUUAGCAUGCUUGUGCUAGCCAUGCUAAUUUUCUACUCCACUGCCAGCCCUCGCGCACACUCUGGUUUGUUUUUCUAAUCAGACUUUGACAGCAUGCUACGGUAACGGCCGUGUGUUUAUGGUACAGUCACACAUUUACCAGAGAAAAAAAGAGGAGAGUUUAAGCGGUUGUGCCAAACGUCCCAUUAACAUUUUUAAUACAUGAAAUGAUUUUUUUUUCUAAUGAUGUAAACAUUUGAACAUGAACAUGUGCAUCCACAUGAACAUGUGGAUGUACAAUAGACAGUGCAUGAGUGCUGUAUAUGCUUCUUUUUUUUUCUUUCUUUUU